AUGGCCCACGAACUGUCCAGCACCACCAGCCUGUCACACUUCUGCCAGAAGCUGAACCGGCUGAAGACACUGGAGGACUCCACCACGAAGAGAUCGUUGAGGCACCACCUGACCAUGCUGGACCUGAUCCUGCUGGGCAUGGGUACCACGGGGAGUGUGGGCCUCUAUGUGCUUGUGGGCACUGUGGCCAAAGAGAUGGCUGGCCCUGCGGUACUUGUGUCUUUCAGCAUGGCUGCUGUGGCCUCCCUGCUGGGAGUCCUAUCCUAUGCAGAGUUUGGGGUACGUGUGCCCGGUAGGGGUUCUGCCUACCUGUUCACCUAUGUGUCCAUGGGUGAGCUGUGGGCCUUCCUCGUUGGCUGGAACACGAUCCUGGGGUACCUCAUUGGUGGUGCCGCUGUGGCCCAGGUAUGGAGCAGCUAUGUGGAUGCCAUCUUCAGCCACCGCAUCCGCAGCUUCACCAUGGCCCAUGUGGGCAUCUGGCAGGUGCCGUUCCUGGCCCAGUACCCAGACUUCUUGGCUGCUGGAGUCAUACUUUUGGCCUCCGCAUUAGUCUCUUACGGAGUUGGGGUCUCCUCCUGGCUCAACCGCACGUUCUCUGCCAUCAACCUGGUUGUCAUCCUCUUCAUCAUCAUCCUGGGGUUUGUCCUGGCCCGCCCGCACAACUGGAGCACUGAGGAGGGCGGCUUUGCACCCUUCGGCUUCUCCGGCAUCAUAGACGGCGCCGCUACUUGCUUCUUUGCCUUCCAGGGCUUUGGCGCCAUUGCUGCCUCCAGCAUGGAGGCCCAGAAUCCAAAGCAAGCCGUGCCUAUGGCCAUCGCCAUCUCGCUUGGCCUGGCGGCUGGUACUAACAUCCUCGUCUCUGCUGCACUCACCUUCAUGGUGCCCUGGCGCAGCCUGGACCCUGACUUGGCGCUCACUGAUGCCUUCAACCAGCGGGGCUACAGCUGGGCGGGCUUCAUCGUGGCAGCUGGUGCUAUCUGCGCCAUGAACACUUUCCUGCUCAGAACAGUCAUUUUCCUGCCACGUAUGGUCCAUGCCAUGGCCGCCGAUGGGCUCUUCUUCCAGGUGUUUACCUACAUGCACCCUCAAACACUGGUACCCAUUGUGGGCAUCAUGGUAUUUGGGGUCCUCAUGGCUUUCCUGGCGCUGCUGCUGGACUUCAAGGCAUUGGUCCAGUUCAUGUCCAUCAGUGCACUGCUGAACCACACCAUAGUGGCCACCAGCAUUAUCAUGCUACGCAUCCACAAGUCCCCUCCAUCCAGUUCCCUGGGCUCAGUCAGUCCUGUGGGCACAGAGCAGGCCUCAGCCCCUGAGCCCAGGCAGCUGCGACCAGCCCUGAGGCCCUACCGCUCCUUCCCGGGUGGGUACAGACCUGGAGCUGCCGUGGCUUGGGCACUUGGUGUCCUGGUGGCCUCAGCCAUCACUCUGGACUGCAUGCUGGUCUUUGGGGGCUCGGCCCUGCACCUCCCGCCCUGGGGCCACACCCUGCUGCUCCUGCUCAGCUCCGUCAUGUUUCUGCUCAGUCUCCGCUUCCUGGGGGCCCACCAGCAACAGCGCCGGGAGAAUGCCUUUCAGGUUCCCAUGGUGCCCCUGACUCCAGCCCUGAGCAUCCUCCUCAACGUCUUCCUCAUGCUGCAUCUGAGCUAUCUGAACUGGCUGAGCUUGUCCAUAUGGCUGCUGAUUGGUGAGUGGGGGCCAGGCCAGGACCCCAGACUCGUGGUGUAUUUUGGCUAUGGCAUCUGGCAUAGCAAGGAGAACCAGCGGCAGCUGCCAGGGUUGACUGCCACAUGUGGUGGCCUGGAGGAGACGGUGUAG